AUGGCCCAAGGUUCAUGGAUCAGGUUCGUGGCGGAAUAACCUAAAACAUGUAGUAUUCUUCGGAGACUCUUUCACGGACCAGUCCAGGGCGCAUUCGAUCAGCAACGGCACGUACCCCGGGAGAUACUACAAGACCAUCUACCCCCCCGAUGACCCUGCCGCAGAAGGCCGUGUCUCUUGGCCUCGGUAAGUGCCGUGGCCUGUUUUGUACCAAUAUGAGUUGUUAUUAAUACGAAAGUCCCUUAGAUAUUUUGGAGUGCGUACUCUAGAAGACCAUGAUUCAACUUGUGUUUAAGCUAGCUAUUGACCAAUUGUAUAGUUCUAUAGCGACCUGCCCUAUGAAAACUAUGCAGUCGGAGGCGCAGUAUGCAGCAACGACCUCACGCCAGGCUUCAACGUUCCCGCCGUGUCGGGCGGCCAGCUCGCCUGGUUCGUGGAGGACCACGUACUUUCGAAUGAAACAGGACAUGUCCCACCAAAGUUGGAUAUCCCAGGUGCAAAUACACUCGCGAUAGUCUGGGUCGGCACGAAUGACCUCGGACUGCAUUCCCUGCUGGCACCCAACGCCACGGAGGGCAGGACAUACUGGCCCAACAUACCUCCGCUCACCCCGGCAGUCCCACCAAUCGCCGCCGGAAACGACAAUGCUACGACGAUGUUGGAUCUGGCCGAUUGCCAGCUUGGCUCUCUGCAGAAGCUAUAUGACUAUGGGGUACGGAACUUCCUCCUCUUGUCGACGAUCCCUCUGCAUUUGACGAAGUUAUACUCGCCCGUCGAUGAUCCCGUGAUUUACUGGCCGGAGCCGCACGACGGAGCUUCAUGGCACAGACAGGCAAGUCUCGCAGAAAUGCAUCACUGGAUGACUUUGUAUUCUGAUGAUUACUUAGAUGUUCCAAUACGCCAACGCGCUGAAUGCUCUCUUACAGGUGGGAGUCAGGAGCUUUUCCCAGAAGAGAGACGCGCGGAUAGAAUAUUUCGACACGUAUAGAUUCUUCGAAGAGAUAUAUCUCAAUCCGGAUCAGUACUUCAACGGGACUGCGCCGGCCAACGUGACGGGCCAUUGUCAUCAGUGCCCCAACGCAACUGAUUGGCGUUACUGCGGAGUGUAA